UUCAUCAUUACACUUCAGUUGUCAAAAGUGACAUUAUAAUUUUCGUGUUAUGGAAUACAAACAAUAUCAGUACACGUUUAUCAUAAUUUGUAACGAGUUGAAGUUUUCAGUUGUGUAUUAAAUAUUGUUAUGGAUUAUAAUACCUCAAACCUGUAAUAUUGAUCAAAAAUGGCAGUUUGUGUAGCUGUAAUUGGAAAAGAUAAUUCCCCAAAAUAUAUUAGGUGUGCAGAUGAAUCGUCAGCGUUGCAAUUUCAUUGUAAAGUUCAUACUUCAAUAGAUAUUAUAGAAGAGAAAUUAAAUGUUGGAAAUAAAACAGCUAUAGAUACAAGAGAGUUAUAUUUAGGUUUACUGUAUGCUACUGAAGAAUAUAAAAUAUAUGGUUAUGCUACAAAUACAAAAAUCAAAUUUGUCAUAGUAUUACAAUCAUCAAACGCAUUACCAAGAGAGAGUGAUGUAAAAAUGACCUUCAAAAAAUUACAUGCAGCUUAUUCUAAUGCUGUGUGUAAUCCAUUCUACAUUCCAGGUGAUCAAGUUAAUUCCAGGUCUUUUGAUGUUUCAGUAAUGGAAAUAAUGGAUUUAUAGCGAGCUUGGUAUCCCAGUAAUAAUAGUUUUGGGAUUAAAAUAUUUUGUUAAUGAAUUGAAAAUUACCAAGGAAUUCAAGGAUAAGAUGACGGACAAUGAGGCUUACAUAUUUGUAUCAAGAUGCAAGGUGUAAAUAUUAAUACUACGUAUAUUUUACUUAAAGUUUUUAUCUUCUAUCAAAGUAAAUGAAUACAAACAGAACUCGCUGUAACUCGGAAACAAGAUUGAAUUGAACAUGUACAAGUAGAUGAAGGUAUUCACAGCUAAAAUACAUAUAAAUUACUACUGUACAAAGCACCAUGUAUACAUAUACUUAACGUAAGUUAACAUUUCAUUUUUAUUAUAAUCAGAGGUAGUGUCAGUUACAAAAGUAUUCGAACUCUGUUUAUAAGUAUUUCUCAAGAAUGUCAUUUCUUUUAAGCUAAUACAAAGUGCGUACUUUAAAAAUGGUUUUUUGUCCUACAUAGUUUACAUGUAAAUGCUGUUCGAAUACUUUCAUGCACCAAUGUAUACUUACAUGAACUCAUUUUCAUUGAAAUUGCUUUUAAGUGUUGAAUCUAUUUCUGAAAUGGGUCCCAAAUAUUACAUUGCACUCUUCAUAUACAUGUACGUGUAUGUGUAUAUACAUACUAUAUGUAUACACAUAACAUUUCAACAAAAUUACUGAUCUUGAUUUUUUACAACAGUCGACAAAAUUUUGCACAGUUAAUGCAAUGAAUACAAAUUCUUCGCGAUAACAACGUAACAACUUUUAUAAAUGGAGCAUUGACGGAGAAACUUGCAUUCAUUGCACAUUUGGUGCAACCAAAAAAAAACAUGGGCAAUUAGAAAGAAAUAAAUGAGAAAAAAAUAGAAGGAAAAAAAGCGUGAAAGUAUGCGCGUACCAUAAAUGAAUUUGAGAAGCGCAUUUGGUGUUGAGAUCGAAUGGUGCACACAAGACCAUAAAAAAAAACUUAAUCGAUUGUUUUGAUUCAACGUUAUGAUCAAAGAAUUAAAGAAAAAAAAAUUAAAAGAAGACAAAAUGUUAAUAUACAACAUGUAUAUACAGGGUGAAGCUAAUCGUAUAAUUGGAUAGAAAAUGAUUCUUCACAUAAACAUUAAUUGAAAAUAUAGAAUAAAGCAAUUAAUGAAACUAUUAAUACCACUAAAAUCUAUUAUUAUUAUUAUUAUUAGUGGUGUACAAACGUUUGUGUCAUCUAUGUAUAGCUAAGGAAGUGCAAUUAUCUUUCAAUGAUUUUAUUUACAGAUUUCCUUCACUGCAGUAUCCAUGUUUUAUUUAAAGGUGGAACAAAAUGAUAUUGUCAGAAACUGUUCUGAUUAAAAAUACUCUGUUAUUUCUGAAAUAUUAGCAAAGUAAAUUAUUCUAAAGAAAUGAAAACCUUAUAUACUACUAAUAAGCUGUAUUUUUCACAUUUUUAAAGUAUUAAAAAUAUAAAUGUAAAGGUAACAAAUUUUUAAAUUGAAUUUCUAGAAAACAAAAAUCGUUAUAUUAUUUUAAUUAAUUUUUAUAUAAGGAAUCAUUUCUUGCUUCACCUUGUACAUCCUAUGAUGUACGAAAGAAACUAAAAAGAACAAGAACAUAAAAACGUUUAACAUUGACUGAAAGACGAGAGAAAAUAAUAAUAAUAGUUAUAAUAAUCAUUCAUAAUAACAACAAAUGACAACGUGCGUGUUACUUAUUAGCGUGAACGUAAUUCCCUGUCGCAUAUUUAUCUCCUUGCGUUAGCAUCACCAUUUGCACUUUUCCUUUUCUUUCUUUUUCUUUUUUUCCCACUCUUCUACACUGUGUCCCUUUAAAAUACAACACACUCUUUCUUUCAUUGAAGACAGAACUCUUAUUCGUCACAUACAUACAUAUGUACAUACACAAAAACAAAGAAAAAAGAAAUGGCAGAAUACGUUUUACUGGCUAACAAUAAAGUGUUUUUCUUUUUUUCGUGAAUUAAGGGAGAAUGAAUUAUGGAUAUAAAGUAACUUGUCAUCGGUGUAAGAUCGAUCAGAUAAAGUACCUAUGCUGAUGAAACAUAAUGCAAAGGAAUGUCGCACGAUUUAAUAAUGGUUUCUUCUUUCUUUCCUUUCUUUUUUUUUUAUUAAGUAACCAACUAAGGGCAGUCGGAUAGAAAAACGUUAACUAAAUUAAUUUUAUAAUUACAAAAGAAAUAUUGAACGGCGACUAGAAUGGUCAGUGUACAGCACACAUAAAUUUUUAGUUAUAUAAGUAACAACUAAAGAAAUAAGGAAAAUUCUAGAUAACCCUGAUAAUUCAAAAUAGCAAAUUAAAAUAUUAGAUUGAAAAAUUAACCGUCAAUACAUUGAUUACUAUAGAGGUCAUUGAUGAUUGGCAUUAAGAAUUUAUUAGCUGUACAAAUUAAUUCAGUGUUUUUUUUUCAAAUUGAAGAUUUGUUUUAAAAAAAUCACGAUGACUUUAAUUAUUCAAAUAAUCAUCGUUGUUACAGUUCUGCGCUACUUAUUACUAAUAUGGUUAUUAAGAAGGCGUAGUGCUAAAGGCAUUGAAUUAAUUUGUAUAUCUAAUAAUUUAAUCAAGUAAUUAACAAAUGAAAGAAGACAUUUUGGAAUAGUAUUAAAAUCCCAAUUAAGAAACCGAAGCAUUGAAUUAAAAAAUUAUAAUUAAGUGAUUAAUAUAUAGUAUUAAUAACAGACUUUAAAGAUUUUAAAUGGUAUUACUAUUAUCCUAUAACUUAAAUAAUAAAUUGUAAAGUUGAAUGAUGGUACACUGGCGAUGAAAUCAGGCUUUGCUAAGGAAAGUAUUUGUAAUAUCCCGGGCUCCUGUUCUUUUCCGUAGGCACGCUCGGAGAAAGGGACAAUCUAACGAAGAGGUCUCAUGUACAGUACUUAUAUGUAUGUACGCGUAGCGAUCCUCUACCCUUGCGCAUAAACGUUUGCGCGGGAAAAUUUGAAUUAAUACUUGCUUUUUUUAUACACUAUUCAGUAAUGUAUUAAUACAUAACAAUUAAAAAUCAUAUUAUUCUAUUAAUAAAUCACUUAAAAUGUUUAUAUCGUGAAAAUUAAGAUUUUGAAAAUUCUUACUUCCGCUAUAUGUACUGCAAAUUUUUGCUCUGGAAGUCAGAUUUGACCACGAGUGUACCUUGCAUAAUUAUUACAGUCAACUUAUUAAAAAAUCCUAAUUUUUUUUUCAAAAUAUUUGUUCUGUGCUUGCGUGUGUGUGUACAUUUUAGCAUUUGUUCAAGAUGAUUCUAUUUUCAUCAUGAUAAAAAAAAAAAAAAAACCACACACACAACACCCCCUCACUACACGAAACAAAAAAAAAAUAAAAAAAUCUUUUUAGAUGAGCAAAUAGAGAAACAAACAGCAAUAAAUGAAAAACAUUGAAAAUUUUGUUUCUUUCCCUCAUGAUUUCUUGUUAUCGUGAUAUUUUAUAUAUUUUCUCGGCGCAUCUGUUGCUGAAACGUACAGAUUUUCAUUUUUUGUUUCUUUACUCUUUUUAUUCGAUAUACAAUUAGUCUCUGCGGCUAUGCUAGCGGCUCGAUCGUUUUACAAAUUAAACGCAAAUUACCUUGGAUUCUUUCUUUCUCGCACUUUUCAUGUCGUUACUUUUUCUAUUUCUUUUUUUUAAUACACAUCGACGUUUAUCGAGACGCUCGAUAAAAAUCUUCUCCUUUCGAAUUCUACGCACGUAUGCGACUAAAGAAAGGAAAAAAGAAAAAGAAACACGAAAAAAUUAGAGCGACUUAUCAUAUCACAGUAUCGUACGCAAAGCUUAUAUGAAAUCGCAGAUAGAACAGUAUAAAGGCCAAAUGGCGACACUAUACGCUCUUUUUUUUCUUCUUCACGGUAUUAUAAUAAUUAUCUGAGGAGGACAAUAUCUUUUUUUUGUUUGUUUAUAUCUCACUUUUUAAGAAGAAGCAUUUAAAAACAGCAUUCUCCGCACACUUUCUUCUACUUUCUCUCUCACACAUACUUUCUCAUUCUCUCCGCUACUCUUUCCUUUUUCUUGUCUUUUUACUUUUUUCGUUCACUUCUUCGUUUGUUACACACUCCAUGGCAAUGAUUCUUUUACACCCAUGAUCCAUGAUAAUCUUUUGCACGAAUCUGAAGUUCUCAGUAUUAUUAGUAACAAAAUAGUAAAGCGGUAGCCGUUUUAUGGUUUUUUUACGUAUUCUGACGAUAAAUCGGUGGUUUGUGUUUACGAAUGGUGGAUUUAUACGAUAGAACUCCUUUUAUUUAAAAUUUUAUUUAACCGUCGAAUGGCGGACCGCGGAGAGAGCCCUAAUUUCAAUUUCAUUUACAUUUUCAUUUUCAUUUUCUAAAUUUUACUACUACUACUUUAAAAAUUAUUCUUCCAAUAUAUGAAACUUUUUCGUUUAACCCAGACUCCGCUGUUCAAGGAUUAAUAGAAUGUUCAAGGGUAAUAGAACAUAAAAGAUAAUCUACCCAUUGUUAAUAUUAAAAUCGCAUUUGAUUAUCAUUUUCGGAGAUAGUGUUUUAUACUUUUGUUCAAAUGAAAUUGCAUUACUUUUGUUUAAGUUGAAAAUUUGUUACAUUAUUCUUUUAAUUAAUGAAGAUGUUUGUUAAAAAUAAAUUAAUGCUGUUUAAUACAAAUAUGAGAUGUACAAAUUAAUUCAAAGUAAUUUAUUUUAAAGUAAUGAUAAUUCCAGUUAUUGAAGUAAUCGUUGUUGUUAUAUCUUUGUUGUCAUUUUUCAAAUACACAGAAGCGCGGCAAAAUAUUCAAAUUUAAAAUAAUAAUUAAGAAGAUGUAAUACUACAAAUACCGAAUUAAUUUAUACACCUAAUACAAUCUUAAGCCUUAAUCUCGGGUAUUUCCAGGGUGUUUUUUAAUUCUGUUCACCAGUUCUGAUAUUCAAAUAACAAAUAUCUAAAUUCUAAAGUACUAAUUCUAUAUGUGUAUCCAAUUGUUACAAAAAUCGUAAGACAAGGAUUUAUUUGAGCUUAGAAGGCAUAAAGAUUGAAAGUCGUGUGCCCUUACUAGCAGUCAACGUGUUAAAUAAACUAUUAUUAUUAUAACUUUUGUUAAUUACUACUGAUGAAAAUUCUAGAACAAAACAGUAAAACCUUUAAAUUAAAACAAAAUUUUUUAUUGUUCGAAUACUCUAUUAGCCCUUCGUUGCAUUAUGUUACAAAAAUAUAAUGAAAUCCUUAUAUUUUUUUUAAUAUUUGUAAUUUUAAUUUUUGAAAAUUUUUAAUGUUAUACAUUUCUACAGUAGCGAAAGAACUGUAUUUCUUUUUUUAAAUUAGAAAAAGAAAUUAUGCAAUAAAGAGUUAAACUGAUAACUGAAUUCGUGACCUUCCCAUAUAUUUUGCAUCAAAAUAAUUGUUGAUUUUUUAGUAAAUCUUACAAAAAUUGUCCCGAGCUCAGUAUGUUAAAAUAAUUCUGUGGGAAAAAAUGUGAAAGUCAUGAAUUUAAUUGCCAAUCUAGUAAUUAUUCGAAACUUUAUACACGUUCAAAAAAAUAAAGUUCUAUUUUCAGUUUCUUCACUAUUUCAAUCUUCAAAUUCGAGAUCGAUGCUUUUUAUUAGGAAAGAAAAAUUUUGUCUGAAAAUUUUACUAAAGCACCACGAAUUAUCGUCCGAAUACAUAUUAUCACCGGCAAAGUACAGUAUGCAAGUAAUAUUCGAUGAUAAUUUCACUUUGUUUUUCUUUCAUUUUAGCCAUUUAGCUCGGCAGAAACAAUAUCUCAAUUAUAAAAUUCGCGAUUAUCACAAUUACUUAUCUAUACUCCCUAAUCACAUAAAUCAUUAAAAA